AUGUCAAAAGAGAGAACCCCCCACCCAAAUCAAACUCAGAACCAAGACUGUUUACAGAAACAAAGUGUCAGCAAUGAAGAAAUGACAGUCAAUCAAGAAUAUGGUGUGCCAGAGACAGAGGUGGAUGAAAGCCUCCCAUCUUGUUCCUCUGAUAAUGGGCUGUCUGCAACGGCUCCGGGCCAGGCAAGGGACGUUCUAAGGAGAGGGCUGCCCCUGCUGCAAAUUGACAGACUGCAGAUCCAGGCGGUGGAGCUGAGUGCUCAGGCCCUUGAGCUGCAGGGUUUGGGUGUGGAUGUGUAUGACCAGGAAGUGUUGGAACAGGGGGUGCUGCAGCAGGUGGAUGACGCCAUUCACGAAGCCAGCCGUGCAGUCCAGCUUGCUGAUGCCGAGAAGCAGUAUCAGUCAGUCCUGGAUGACCACAUGUCAUGUAUGACAUCCCUCAGGCAAAUCAAUAAAAUUAUUGGACAGCUUACCCCUCAAGCGGCCACCAACAGAGAUAUCAGCAGGAAACUAGAUUCUGUAAGACGACAGAAGUACAAUAAGGAACAACAAUUGAAGAAGAUCAUAGCCAAAGAAAAACGUCUUCAGGCCACCCUUGGAGGAGCAGAGGUGAAAGUUGAAAUUGUUCCUGCCAGUUUAGAUGAGAAUGCAGAACCGGGGCCAUCCUGCCUGGGCAGCAUGCUCAUGCCUGCUCAGGAGACUGCAUGGGAGGAGCUCAUCCGCACAGGCCAGAUGACACCUUUUGGUACCCAGAUCCCUCAGAAAGUGGAGAAGAGGCCUAGAAGAAUAAUGCUCGAUGAAGCAUCAGGCUUUGAAAAAUAUUUGGCAGAUCAAGCAAAACUUUCUUUUGAAAGGAAGAAGCAAGCUAGUAAUAAAAGAGCAACACGAAAAGGUCUAGCCUCGGCCGCUUCUGAGUUGAAUCCAGCACUAAAUGAAAACAAGCAAAACCAGAGAAGCAAAGUUCUUUCGAAAACAGAUAAGCGUUUGCAGAAGCAUAUCAAGAAACUCCACAAGAGGGCUCUUGAGUCCCAGCGGAAAGUGGGAUUGCUAAAGGGAGCGAAACCCUUUGUAGCAGCUAGGAAGAGGGAAGAGAGGGCCUCUGAGAGUGAAGAGUCUGAGUACUUUCCCACGGAGGAGGAGAAGGAAGAAGUGGCUGAGGCCGACCUGUCUGAAAGUGGCAUCGAUUGUGAACAUAAACGACUGCCCAGAGGUCGGAAACGGCAGAAGAGAGUCACAGUGCAAGAGAUUGAUGAGUUUUUCCCAAGUUCUGGAGAAGAAACGCAAGCAACAAGAGGAGGAGGAGGUCGGAAAACAGUGAGGUGUCGAGAUGAUGGAGAUGAAGAUUAUUAUAAACAACGCUUAAGGAGAUGGAAUAAACUGAGACUGCAAGACAAAGAGAAGUGCCUAAACCUAGAAAACAAUUCUGAGGACAGCGAUGCUGAAUUUGACGAAGGUUUUAAAAUGCCUGGUUUCCUGUUCAGAAAGCUCUUUAAGUACCAGCAGACAGGUGUUAGGUGGCUGUGGGAAUUGCACUGCCAGCAGGUAGGAGGAAUUCUGGGAGACGAAAUGGGAUUGGGCAAGACCAUCCAGAUAAUUGCCUUCUUGGCAGGUCUGAGCUACAGCAAGAUUAGGACUCGUGGUUCAAAUUACAGGUUCGAGGGGUUGGGGCCAACUAUAAUUGUCUGUCCAACAACAGUGAUGCAUCAGUGGGUGAAAGAAUUUCACACGUGGUGGCCUCCGUUCAGAGUGGCAGUACUACAUGAUACCGGAUCCUAUGCCCACAAAAAGGAGAAACUAAUUAGAGAUAUUGUUCAUUAUAAUGGAGUUUUGAUCACUUCUUAUUCCUACAUUCGACUGAUGCAAGAUGACAUUAGCAAGCAUGACUGGCAUUAUAUGAUCCUGGAUGAAGGACACAAAAUACGAAAUCCCAAUGCUGCCAUUACCCUCGCUUGCAAACAGUUCCGCACCCCUCAUCGCAUCAUCCUGUCUGGCUCACCGAUGCAGAAUAACCUCCGAGAGCUCUGGUCACUCUGCGACUUUGUCUUCCCGGGAAAGUUAGGGACGUUGCCGGUUUUUAUGGAGCAGUUCUCUGUCCCCAUCACGAUGGGAGGAUAUUCCAAUGCUUCCCCAGUACAGGUUAAAACUGCAUACAAGUGUGCAUGUGUCUUACGGGACACCAUAAACCCAUACCUGCUGCGGAGAAUGAAGUCAGAUGUCAAGAUGAGCCUUUCCUUACCAGAUAAAAAUGAACAGGUUUUAUUUUGCCGUCUGACAGAUGAGCAACAUAAGGCUUACCAAAAUUUCAUUGAUUCGAAAGAAGUUUAUAAGAUUCUCAAUGGAGAGAUGCAGAUUUUCUCUGGACUUGUCGCCCUAAGGAAAAUAUGCAACCACCCAGAUCUCUUUACUGGAGGUCCCAAGAAUCCCAAAGAUCUUCCUGAUGAUGAAUUAGAGGAAGAUCAGUUUGGAUACUGGAAGCGUUCUGGGAAAAUGAUAGUUGUUGAAUCCUUGUUGAAAAUAUGGCACAAGCAGGGUCAGCGAGUAUUGCUGUUUUCUCAGUCCAGACAGAUGCUAGAUAUACUUGAAGUAUUCCUGAGAGCCCAAAAGUAUUCCUAUCUCAAGAUGGACGGUACUACUACAAUAGCAUCAAGACAACCACUGAUUACCAGAUAUAAUGAGAACACGUCCAUAUUUGUGUUUCUUCUGACCACUCGUGUGGGAGGCCUAGGAGUCAACCUGACAGGGGCCAACAGAGUCAUCAUCUAUGACCCCGACUGGAACCCAAGCACAGACACACAGGCCCGGGAGCGAGCAUGGAGAAUAGGCCAGAAGAAGCAGGUGACUGUGUACAGGCUUCUAACUGCAGGCACCAUUGAAGAGAAGAUUUACCACCGACAAAUCUUCAAGCAAUUUUUGACAAAUAGAGUGCUAAAAGAUCCCAAACAAAGGCGAUUUUUCAAAUCCAAUGAUCUUUAUGAGCUGUUUACUCUGACUAGCCCUGACCCAUCUCAGAGUACUGAGACAAGCGCUAUUUUUGCAGGAACUGGUUCAGAUGUGCAGACACCCAGACGUCAUUCAAAAAGAAAAAUACAACCAAUCUUGGGAGCAGACCAUGACAUUCCAAUAUGCAAAAAAUUACCAGAUGAUAAUAUAUCUGCAAAUGAUGCCCUAUCACCUGGAGAGAAAUCUAAAUCUGAAACACAUGCAGUAAUUUCUGAUUACAGUGAUCCUUUGAAAGGUGACGCUCCCCAAACAAGUAAUCAUCUGACUAGCAGUGAUCAACUUGUAGAAGAGAAGCAUUUACAAGUAAAUGCAGAUUGUCAACUACAGGAGUCAUCGAUGAUUAGUGAAAACAGGGAAUGUUCAAAUUCUCCAGCAUUCAGUAAGGCAUGCAGGACAGCUGAUGAGGAAAGUACUGAGGAAAAGCAAGAUCUUUCUUAUAAAGGAAGCCACCACAGUCAAGCCAAGCCUUGGGAGAAUGAACGAACAGGGAAUCAUUUUUAUAAGCACAAAUCAAAAACAAAGCACCACAAUGUGGUCGAAGAAUCCCUGGAGACGCAUCUGGGACAGAAGGACAAUUCUAGGUGCUCUAAGCAUCGAACAGGUGUCAGCUUUGAAGGGACUCGAAUCCCACACUUAGUGAAGAAAAGGCGGUACCGGAAGCAAGACUGUGCAGACGAGAGGAACACAAAAGAAUGGAACAAUGAUGAUUAUGUUUUGGAAAAACUUUUCAAAAAAGCAGUCGGCGUGCACAGCGUCAUGAAGCAUGAUGCCAUCGUGGAUGGAACUAGCGCUGAUUAUGCUCUGGUGGAGGCCGAGGCCACGCGAGUUGCCCAGGAUGCUUUGAAAGCACUGAGAGUCUCUCGUCAGCGGUGUCUGGGAGCAGUGUCUGGUGUGCCGACCUGGACAGGUCAACGUGGGAUCUCUGGUGCACCAGCAGGAAGGAAGAGUAGAUUUGGUCAGAAGAGGAAUCCUAACUUCUCUGUCCAGCCUCCUUUUUCAGCAUCUCCAAAAGAGAAGCAUCAGGAUGCCACUGUAAAGAAAGAGACCAAAGACCAUGUUCCCAAACAUUUCAGUGGAAAAGCAGCGGAUGCAGACUCUCCAUGUGGGGCUCCUACUUCGUCAUCACUCUUGGCUAAAAUGAGAGCUAGAAACCAUCUCAUUUUGCCAGAGCGCUUGGAAAGUGAAAAUGUGUCUCUUCCCGAGGCUUCUGCCCCUUUGCCAUCUCCCACAGAACAUGAUGAUCUUUUAGUCGAAAUGAGAAACUUCAUUGCAUUUCAGGCCCAAGUUGAUGGCCAGGCCAGCACCCAGGAGAUCCUGCAUGAGUUUGAGUCCAAGUUGUCAGCAUCACAGUCUUGUGUAUUUCGAGAACUGUUAAGAAAUCUUUGCACUUUUCAUAGAACUUCAGAUGGUAAAGGAAUUUGGAAACUUAAGCCAGAGUACUGCUAA